CAACAUAAAUUCCCGAGGUACCUUAUCUGGUCGAGAAGCAGAGUUCAGCGUCGACAGUAUAACAUUCUACUGUCGUCUCAUAUUCUGAGUCCUACAUUCGCUGAUCACGCUACAUCUCCAUCUUCUUCUCCAAACAGCCGUUGACAAUGGAAGGCCAGGACCGACCCACGACUGCUGGCGCAAGCCUUGUGUUGCCAGAGAGGCGGCCCAGAGGUGAUGAAGAGUCGGCCGAGUUUACCCCUGGUGGCUCAGUCCUAGCCAGCUCUAACUCCACGUCGGAUGAUUCUCCCGCCCAAGUUCACAAGAGGACGGUGGACAAAUACAACGAAGAGACAGCCAAUCUGCUCGACGAACUCCGGAACACCAUGGAAACCAGCCAAAAGGACUUUGUCUUUGCCUGCGGCGGUUCCAUCCCCUUCGCUACUGAGACUACCACUGCUUCCUUUGAGCCGGGGCAUUCUGGCACCACCCACUCGCCGCCGGUCUCCCUGCGCUGGGACCCGCAUGACCCUUCAACCCCCGCAUCGCAGUGCAAGCUCACCUUUCCCCUGGACACUGCCUCCCCUGAGGAACAGCGGUCGAAGCAGCCGCACCGAGGCCUCGUCAGCCUCCUGGGCGACAUGGACAAGGCCACCUUUGGCCUCGGUGGGGAGGAUGUCUUCGACGAGUCGUACCGUCGCGCCGUCAAGCUCGACACCUCGCGAUUCUCGACCAGCUUCUGCCCCUACGAUGUCGGCAUCAUGGACACCAUCAGCAGCAUUCUGGUCCCCGGCCUGAGCCUCGAUGAUGGGGGCCGCAUCGCGCGGGCCGAGCUAUACAAGCUCAAUGUCUACGAGGGCCCGUCAGGUUUCUUCAAGGCGCACGUCGACACCCCACGAUCUCCGGCCCAGUUCGGCUCCCUCGUUGUCUGCCUUCCUGCUCCCCACACUGGCGGCCAGCUCCAGGUAAAGCACAACGGCCGGACAAUGACAUUCGACUGGUCUUCUUCCUCUUCAGAAAGCCAAAUUAUACACUGGGCUGCCUUCUACUCCGACGUGACCCACGCCGUCCUGCCCGUCUCUUCCGGCCACCGCGUCACCCUGACCUACAACCUCUAUGCCCUCCCGAACCCUUCCCACCUCCCCUCCCCGACCUCCCCCCUACCCAGCGACCUCUCCCUCCCCCUGGUCACCUACAUGUCCUCCCUCCUCUCCAACCCGUCCUUCAUGCCCGCGGGUGGGCACCUCGGCUUCUACACCACGCACGCCUACCCGCACACGUCCCUGACCUUCUCGGUCUCGGCGCUCAAGGGAAUCGACACGGUCAUCUUCCGCGGCUUCCAGGCCCUCGGCUGCGGCGUCUGUCUCCGGCCGGUCCUGGACCCGGACUGUUUCUUCUGGAGCGGCAGCGGCACCGAAGAAGACGAAGACACCAUCCCGCGCGUGAUCGGCAAGCACCUGCCCAUGUGCACCGCCGAGGGGCGGGUGGAGUGCGCGGCGGACAUGAUGCAGUGGGUCUUUCGGGACGAGGACUUCUGCUAUGCGGUAGAGGAGAGGGUCAAGUUUGAGGAGGUCGAGUGGCUGAAUGAGAGUGGGGGGCGCCAUCGGGAGAUGCAGCUGGCGUAUACGGUGUAUGGCAACGAGGCCAACACGGUGGCGCAGUACAGUUGGUGUGCUAUUCUCAUUGCAGUGCCCGGGUGGGAUGGGGAGAAGGGCGCGAGGAAGAGGUUGGAGAAGACGUUUUGAGGAGCGGGAGGUGAGCGAUGGAAAAUACCUGACAAGAUGAGGGUGUCAUGCGAGGCUAAGUUUCCGCUCAAAUCCAGAUGACGCCUCCGCCCUCGGAUAUGUCUUGAAAAAGGUGCUACUGAAGCAAGUGUUGCCAGUAGAUUCAAACAUCAUUUCAGU